AUGCCUGGAAACGACGAAGUACCGCCGGAGACGAACCAACAAGUCGGAAGAGGCGCACCGCCCGUGCCAGCCAGCCGCGGCGCCGCCGGCCGCCACCCUCCGAACCCCUCCCCGCGUCAUCGCGUACUACACUUCUAUGUCCCCAUCAUCGAGGGGCGGGAGAUUAUUUCCGUCGAUUCGCGUGGGGUACUCGCCGCAUCUCCUUCCGACUUGGACGACGGGCCAGUGAUCUUUGUAGACAUAGAUAUGGAUGGGAGAUUAUUCACGGAGGGCUAUCGUGUUCCCGGCGAGCCAUUUGAAAGCAUGGAUCAACUCAUCCACGCGGCCGGUGUCCACUUGCUCACCAGUUCCUGCCGCCACGACCUGCCUCAGUAUGAGGAGCAGCAGCAUGUGGGAGGCACCGCAUCUUCGUCUUCGCAGAUGCCUAGUCCAGAACUUCGGCGCCUCUACUCUGAAGCCUUCCGUCGUCUGCCGUGUAAGGAGGGGGGUCUUGUGGCUGAACCUGCCUGCGGGCAAAAACUAAAACAACAUGACCUCUCUUCCGUGAAGGACUUACUGAACACUUCAACAUUGGAGUUGUCCACCACUUCGACGUCUUCUAUGCAGAUGCCAACUCAGCCUUGGCGCUGUCUUUCCUCAUCACCUAUUUGGGCCUUGCCACGUCUAAGCCGGGGAAUCAUAUUUUACAUCAGGAUCGAUCUGAAUGAAUCUUACCACACAUACCCUGACGUGGGUGGGCCGUUUCAGAGCUUACAAGCAGCUCACAAUGCUAUUGAUCGCUAUCUUCAGGAACAACAGGCUCCAACAAGGUUCACGCAGCGACAAUGUCUUAACUGGCCUGAUGGCACAAGGAAGAAGCUUUUGGAAUCGCAAAUUGAUGAAAGGUGUGACUGGAAGCGCCAGUUGGUCCAAGCUCUGGUGGACAAGUACAAUGAUUACCGCCAUCUUAUGGGGGACCGUGCAUACAAACUCAAAGAUGUUGUGCUCUACAACUCAGUUUUUGGGGCCAAUGACCAUAGUAGGUUGUAUGGUCAUAUUAAUUUCACAAUGAAAGGAGCUGAGGAUUCUGACUGUGGCAUCGAUGAUCUAUUCUUUGCUGAAGUCACAAUUAAACGGGCAGAGUAUUCAGAAUUAAUGGUGAGCUGUUUCUGCAUGGUUAAACCUACUGACAACGGUCUUUGCUACGGUUGUGAUGUGAAGCACCCCAAUGAUGCUGCCGCAUAUACUGGUGCUGGAGUUAACUCACAGCGUGCAUGUCCUAUAUUUGGCAAUAUGAAAUGGAAGUGCCGUAACGAAACUUUGCAAGAGGAGGAAGAUAGGGUAAGAAGUUUAUAUAAGGGCCAGGGUCUUGAUGCUCCGGAUUAUUUGGAGAGAGUGAAAGAAGAGAUGACACUUAAGCCAUUCAGGCCUAAAUAUCUGGAUGUGGCAACUAUGCAUGAAGACUAAGUAUGGCGCUGGAGUGGAAGAAUAAGGGCCUAACCCUCUGAAAUUCCUUGUGAC